UUGUGAGAGUAAUCCAAGAUGAGCGUGCUCUUGCGACGCAAUUCCAGCCAGCUGCGGCUGCUGCUCUCAUCCGGUGGGCAGGUCACGCGCCUCGCCUCCACUGAGGGCAGUGGAGAGCCACCAGCACCGGCUGUUGUCAAUCAGGAGACAAAGAAGGCCCAGAAGAAGCGUCAGCCGCUAGCCGUGGUGCCUGAUUCCGAGAUCAAGAAAUCUGUGUUCAUCUCACAGUCCAGCGAUGUCUUCACCAACUUGGCUCUGGAGGAUUGGCUGUACAAGAACUUUGACUUUAGCCACCAUCAUGUCCUACUGCUGUGGGCCAACGAUCCGUGCGUAGUAAUCGGCCGACACCAAAACCCCUUCACGGAGGCCAAUGUCUCCCGUUUGGUGGAGCGCGGCAUUACGCUGGCCCGACGUAACAGUGGCGGCGGAGCAGUGUACCACGAUCUGGGAAAUCUCAAUUGCACUUUCUUCUCGCCGAGGGAGCGAUACGAUCGCAAGUACAACCUGAACAUCGUGACCAGGGCCUUGUUUCGUGAGUGGGCCAUCAAGGCGGAGAUCAAUGAGCGCGACGACAUUGUUGUGAUGAACAAGAAGAUUUCCGGAACCGCCGCCAAGUUGGGGCAACCGAACUCGUACCACCACUGCACCAUCCUGGCCAGCGCCAACAAGCUCCAUUUGGGUGAGUCUCUGGUGCGGGAGAAAGCCAACUAUAUCAGUCGCGCCACUGCUUCGGUGCCGUCGCCCAUUCGCAAUCUGGUAGAUGUCAACCGCACGGUGAAUGUGUCGCAGCUGCGCUCCGCCGUAGGCUACGAAUAUCUGAGGACGGCAGCUACCACACUGGAGGAUGGCGGCAGUGCUCAGACGAUGAAGCAGCGCGGUUUUCAGCUCAUCAAUCCCACCGAGAAAUGGUUCCCCGGCAUCGAUGAGCUGCGCGCCAACUAUAGCUCCUGGGACUGGGUCAUCGGCAAGACGCCCAGCUUCACGGUGGAGAAGGACCUCGAGGUGAAGGGACAUGACGAGGACAUGAAACUGAAACUGAGCGUAGAAGUGGAGGGCGGACUGAUGAAGGAGAUCGGGUUGCAGUUGCCUCAGAGCGAGCAACUCGUUCCGGUCGUGACUCCUCUCCAGGGCAAGCCAUACAACGAGGAGAACCUGAACGGAAUCCUGGGCGCCUUGAAGCUCGUCAACGCUUCGAAUGUGAAGCAGGCCAUAAAUGGCACAGCUUGAUUUUUACUGUUGUGUUAGCUCGAAGAAAAGCUAAAAAAAAAGGAAGAAGAAAAUCAAUA